CGGGCCGCCUGCCGCCCGGCCUGACCGCACCCCCCGGCCUCCAACCCCCCCCCCCGCCCCCGCCGGGCUGGCCGCCGCGGAGCCGGCGGGCGGAGGAGGCGCGGGGAUGGAGGGCGAUCGGCUGGAGAGCCCGGCUACCAUUAAGGGUAUCGAAAGAGAGCUCAUCUGCCCGGCAUGCAAGGAAUUAUUCACCCAUCCACUGAUCCUUCCUUGCCAGCACAGUGUCUGUCACAAAUGCGUGAAAGAAAUACUCUUUGCAUUUGAAGACUCUUUUGCUGAUGGAGGCUCUGAAUCCUCUAAUCAGAGUAGCCCUCGAAUUAAAAUCUCUUCUUCUAGCAUGGACAGAAUUGACAGGAUUAAUAGAUCAGCCUCACAGAGGAGGUCUUUUGGGUGGAGAGGAUUUGGUGUCUACACAGGCAGAAAACGCAAUUCACUGACUCCUAGAUCGAGUCUGUUUCCUUGUCCGGGUUGCCAGCGUGAUAUUGAUCUUGGAGAACGUGGCAUCAAUGGCUUAUUUCGCAACUUUACUUUGGAAACCAUUGUGGAAAGAUACAGACAGGCAGCCAGGGCAGCCAUUGCUAUUAUGUGCGAUUUCUGCAAACCUCCACCUCAAGAGUCCACAAAAAGCUGCAUGGACUGCAGCGCAAGCUAUUGCAAUGAGUGUUUCAAAAUACACCACCCUUGGGGAACUGCAAAAGCCCAGCAUGAAUAUGUAGGACCAACCACCAACUUCAGACCCAAGAUUUUGAUGUGUCCAGAACAUGAAAUGGAGAGGGUAAACAUGUACUGUGAAAUUUGCAGAAGGCCUGUUUGUCACCUUUGUAAACUGGGUGGAUGUCACGCAAACCAUAGAGUAACAACCAUGAGCACUGCCUACAAAACCCUUAAGGAGAAGCUUUCAAAAGAUAUUGAGUACCUCAUCAGUAAGGAGAGCCAGGUGAAGGCUCACAUUACCCAGCUGGAUCUGUUGCAGAAAGAAACAGAGUGCAACAGUGAAAGAGCUAAAGAAGAAGCAUUUCAGAGUUUUGAGAAAUUAUCUCAUGUCCUGGAAGAGAAGAAAUCUGCAGCUCUUAGGGCAAUUGAAGCUUCUAAGAAUUUAAGGCUGGAAAAAUUGCAGAUGCAAGCAGAAGAAUAUCAAGGGCUCCUGGAAAAUAAUGGCCUUGUAGGAUAUGCUCAAGAAGUGCUCAAAGAAACUGAUCCAUCUUGUUUUGUUCAAACAGCAAAACAACUUCAUGUCAGAAUCCAAAAAGCCACUGAAUCUCUGAAGAGCUUCAGGCCAGCAGCUGAAACUACUUUUGAAGACUUUGUGGUGGACACAGACAAGCAAGAAGAGAUCCUUGGUGACUUGUCCUUCCGUUCCAAUGGUCUAGAAAUACCACAAAUCAAUGAAGAGCACAGCAGAAUGUACAACAAAGCUCUGAUCAGUUGGGAAUGCCCUGGGAAGACAGAUUCAGCUGAUAUCUAUGUUCUUGAAUAUCGUAAGCUUAAUAGAGAAGAGGAGAGUGCGACGUGGCAGGAGGUCAAAGUUUGCAGCAAGAGCAAAGUGAUAUCUGAUCUUGAUGACGACAGCAGCUAUGCCUUUAGAGUUCGAGGAUAUAAAGGGUCCAUCUGUAGCCCUUGGAGCCGAGAAGUUAUUUUGCGUACACCUCCAGCUCCAGUUUUCAGUUUUCUUUUUGAUGACAAAUGUGGGUACAACAGUGAACGUCUCCUGCUGAACACAAGAAGAACCUCUGUGGAAAGCAGGGCUGGAUUUCCUCUACUACUGGCAUCUGAGCGCAUGCAGGUUGGAUGCUACACAACCCUGGAUUACAUCAUUGGUGACACUGGGAUUGCCAAAGGGAGACACUUCUGGGCUUUUCAUGUGGAAACCUAUUCAUACCUGGUGAAAGUGGGAGUUGUUUCUAGCAACAAGAUACAGAAAUUGUUCCAUAAUACCCAUGAUGCGACCAGCCCAAGAUACGAGCAAGACAGUGGUCAUGACAGUGGGAGUGAAGAUGCCUUCUUUGACUCAUCACAGCCUUUCACACUGGUCACUUUAGGCAUGAAGAAGUUCUUUAUCCCCAUGACACCUGCUGGCCCUAAGGAUCCGGCGAGCAGAAUCCUUCCCCUGCCAUCGUGCUUGGGCAUCUGCCUCGACUGUGACAAAGGAAAGGUGGGGUUUUACGACGCAGGCCGUAUGAAAUGCCUUUAUGAAUGUGAGGUGGACUGCUCUGGCAUAAUGUACCCAGCGUUUGCCUUAAUGGGUGGCGCAGCAGUUCACCUUGAGGAAGGUGUCACAGCAAAGUACGGGGAGUACCAUGAUGACAUCUAGUGCUGUAAUCUCUUCCCACUGCUGUUCUGAAAUGGAAGACGAAAGCAGAAGGAUUCUACCUUAGUUUCCAGUCCUGAUUAGUUACUUUCUACCUACGUGUUGCUUACAAGCCUCUAGGCCGUGCUUUUUUUAAACAAACGGUCCAGACACUUCCUGCACCAGUGGGAAGUGUUUUUCCAGGAACUCUCCUGCCUUUCUUGUGAUCUGUGCAAUGCUGUCCUCCACAGACUUCCUUCCCAGGGUGAAGCAGGGAAGAAGUUUGACUAGCAACCAAAAUUACUCUUCAGGGUAGAAAUCUGCCUUUUCUGUAAUUUAAAUCCGUACAUAGUCAGUUUUGCAAUUAAUGAAGUCAAAGCUGACAGCGUGUGAUUGCCAUUCUCCUUUUAAGAAAUCUGCCUGAAUGCCUCUGAGGGAUCAGAUGUUUUCCAGUUAAACCCUGAGCAUCAGGGCUUGGGCCUUUUGGCAUGAAAUAACAUCUGCAAGAAUACAAUAUAAAGCAGGGAGAAAACAGAACUGCAGCUGAAUGUUUAGGUUAUAUUUGGAAAGAGGAGGGUAAACUAGAAUUUGAUUGCAUGUCAUAUACCUUUAAUGUGACUGUAAGCUAAAACUAAUUCUGACACCUGGUGUUAUAUAGUUGGUGGCAUAAUGGUAAGUUUCUUUACUUUUCCAGGCUUUUACUAUAGGCUAUAUAAAAUAUAUAAAGUGCAAUUCUACCUUAAACAUCAGAUUUUAGAGUCCAAAAUCAGAAGUGUUUGCAUGUGUGAGUAAUAGUACCUGUUAUUUAGGCAAAAAAUCAGGUAUUUCUAUUAAUACUUAUUUCUGUAAGUUAAUUUUUUGAUCUAGUAGUAGCUUGGUUUUUUUUAGUAAGAAUGUUAAAAAUGCACUGAUUAAGUUUUGAGACCCAAUUUCUGCCUUAAAGGAUGUCUCACCUCAAAUUUAUGUUCCUCUCAUGUUAAAAACUGUAUCACAUAGUAGUUUUUCAUAGAAUUGUAGAACCACAGAAUGGUUUGGGUUGGAAGCAACCUUUAAGAUCAUCUAGUCCAACACCCCUACCAUGGGCAGCGACAUCAUUCACUAGAUCCAGUUGUUCAGAGCUCCCUCCGGCCUGACCUUGAACACUUCCAGGGGCGGGACAUCCACAACUUCUCUGGUCAACCUGUUGCAGGGUCUCACCACCCUGAUUGUUAGAAGUUUCUUCUUUAUAUUUAAUCUAAAUCUACCCACUUUCAGUUUAAAACCAUUGCCUCUUGUCCUGUCUCUACAGGCCUUAGUAAAAAUUCUCUCUCCAUCUUUCUUUUAAGCCGUCUUUAUAUGUUGAAUGGCUGCAAUGAAGUCUCCUUGGGGCCUUCUCCAGGCUGAGCAACCCCAACUCUCAGCCUUUCUUCAUAGCAGAGGUGUUCCAGCACUCUGAUCAUUUUUGUGGCCCUCUAGACCCGCUCUAUGCUGAGGGACCCAGAGCUGGAUGCAAUACUCCAGGUGGGGUCUUGAGAGAGCAGUGUAGAAGAAUCACCUCCCUUGCCCUGCUGGCCACUGAGCAGUCCAGGAUAUGUUUGGAUUCCUGGGCUGCAAGUGCACAUUGCUCGUUCAUGUCCAAUUUUUCAUCCAGCAGGAUCUCCAGGUCCUUCUCUGAAGGGCUGCUCUCCAUCCACCAGUCUGUAUUGGUAAUGGGAGUUGCCUGGACCCAGGUGCAGGACCUGGUGCUUGGCCUUGUUGAACCUCAUGAUGUUCACAUGGGCCCACGCCUCAAGCCUGUCAAGGUUCUUCUGGAUGGCAUCCUUUCCCUCAAGCGAAUAAACUGCUCAGCUUGGUGUCAGCUGCAAACUUGCUGAGGGAGCACAUUGUCUAUGCUGUUACUGAUGAUACUAAUAAUAUUAGUGACGGUACAGACCCUUGAGGGACACCACUCGUUACUGGUUUCCACUUGGAUGUUGAGCUGUUGACUGUAACUCUUUGGACAUGGCCAUCCAGCCAAUUCCUUACCCAUUGAACAGUCCAUCCGUCAAACCCAUAUCUCUCAAAUUUAGAGGUAAGAAUGUUGUUGGGGAUUGUAUCAAAAGCCUUACAGAAGUCCAGGUAUGUGACAUCUGUAGCUCUUCCCAUGUCCACUGAUGUAGUCACUCCAUCACAGAAGGCCACUGGAUGAGUCGGGCAUGGUUUGCCCUUGGUGAACCCAUGUUGGCUGCCUCUGAUCACCUCCCUGUCUUCCAUAUGUUUCGACAUACCUUCCAGGUGGAUCUACUGCAUGAUCUUACUGGGCACGGAGGUGGACUGCAUCUGUUUAUAGAAAUCUACGUAAAAAUAUGUUUGGGUACUUGCACUGUUAACUUGUGUUGUGGAAAAAUAAGGAUCUAAAGUGAAGGAUGUUUCUAAUACAUACUUGGUGCUUUCUAAUUUGGGGAUAUGCUUUCUAAUUUGGGGAUAGUGUUGCAUCUUGAUGAGUGUGUGUGAAUUAUGCUUACUAAAUACAUGUAUACAACUGUAGAUCUAUGAAAUGGGACCUGAAAAUCACAAUACACUUAAAUGAAUGUAGGUCAUAAUGCAAAACCUUUGUGAGCUUUGCUGUCUGAACUGUUGUACUGAUCUGACCUGGAGUCCACCCCUCCCAGUGUCCUCUCUCCUAAGCCUCUGUCCGGUGGCCGCUGUCAGAAGAAAGUGGCAGAAAUGGUAAUUGGCAGAAAUGCCAUCUGUGCCAUGGUGAGCAUGACAGCCCUUUUGGGGCUAGCAAGGCCCAUCAGGGGCAACUUCUUGUGUGGGUCUCACCUGAAAAUGUUUCUGCCUUAGUAAGGCUGUGUGGAAGUAUAUUCCACAGCUUCAUUGUCUGCUUGUGUGAGAAACACUUUGAUGUUCCAGGCAGCAGGUGUGAAGCAGUCGGUAUCGUCUAGAACUUUCUCCUGCAGGAAAAGUGGCAAAUUGUCCCUUGCUAGUUAUCAUUUAGGUAAUUUGUUUUUGUAAUAGAUGCUUAUCAUUGCAUUUCUUUCCCAUUAUGCACUCCCCUUCAUGUUUCCUCUUGCUAGGUGAAAGCCAUUCUGUACUGGUAAGCAACCUGCUGCCCCUCUUUCUCCUCUCUCCUUCUGAGGCUGACUGAAGGAGCCCUCUGUACAGAUACUGUGUUGCUAUGAAGGAUGACAGAAUUUUGGGGUUUCCUUCUUUCCAUAGUCCUAACACCAUAUCUGCCUUUUUGAUUGAUACCGAAUAUUAAGCUGAUAUUUAUAAAGCUUCUUCUGCAGUGUUUUCCACACAAUCCUGAUGGUUAGUUGUAAACAAGCUGUGCAUGUGCAGGGUUUCCCCACCUUGUGUGUUAUUUUGCAUUUGUUGAGUUUCAUCUGUUUGUUUAUGUAGUCAGUUAGUCCUGAGGGCCUCCUGCAGCUCUUCAGUCACUUCUAGACUGGGAUGUUCCUACAUAGCUUCAUAGGUAACAUAAACAUGGUGUUUUUUGUUUGUUUGCUUUUCCAGAUCUUACAGCAACUUAAGUUGCAGAGAGACAGCAAAUCUCUUUCUGCUGUUAAGAUUUAUUGUUCUUUUCACUUUUUUUUUUCCCCCCCCUCAUUUAAUAAACCAUGAUUUGCUAGUCAGGCAUUGAAAACUUUUACCUGUUAGUACACUCUGAGUAGAUGGCUCAUGUUCUUGUGUGUGUGUGAGCCCAGUAGUCAAAUAGACCCAGGAGACAGGAUUCUGUCUUCAGCAGCUGUGACUUCUCCUGUUGAGUAAUCACCAUUUGUCCAUUCAUUUACCAAACCUAGUAUCAGCUUAAAGCGAUAGAUUAUAGGGUUGAACUUUCUGGUUUGUUGUUCCCAGACCAAAUCCCCUUCCACACACAAAUGUAUAAUUUUUGAUUCCUCUGUUUCAGAAAGUGGUCUAAGUUAGAGGUUUUAUGUUACGGUUAGCACUCCACAGUUCCAUAUUUGAAUUCUUUAUAAGCAUCUGGACCAGUAUCACCAGGCUUUGGCCUUUCAUUAUUUUAUGGAAAUAUUCAUAAACUGACCACUUAAUCUUAGAUAUGAGGACAGUCUCUCAGACGCAUUUAUUAAAAAAAAAAAAAAAAAGAUUAAAUUGUAUUGGUUUGAGAAUAUAGAAGUAAGAAAUCAAAAAUUCAGGGUUUUUUUUCCUACUAUAGCUUUACCUUGCCUUCAUUUAAGAUGUGCUCUCCUAUGCAAUUACUUACUCUACUGGACAGAGACUGAUGCUACUUUAAACAUUUAUCUACCAUUUGAUAUGUCUGUUUGUAUUUAUCUCGUUCUGUGUUUAAAACUUGAUUUGGCGUUUGGUGUUACUUGAAUACUUGGGAUGCAUUCAUUACAGUACACUAUGGUGCUUACUCCAGCUUAUUAAAUAAAAAACCACACUGUGAGAGGCACUGACAAUACACUGUCAGAUUUUUUCCACUACAAUGGAAGUGUCACCUUUCAGAAAUGCAGUUCAGCAGUACUUGCCUAUCCAGAUACUUAUUUUUCCAGAACAAGUUUCUUCCUACAAAACAGCACUUUACAAUGUAGAUUAAGCUAAGAAUGGUGUGGUGUUGUGUGGAUCUUUGUGCAAUAUAGCUGUUUGGUGACUACUGUGUGAUUUGCAAAGCUCCAUGCAGGUGUGAAUCAUCUAGACACUUUUUAGAUAUCUAAAGCUUUAACAGAAAGGCCUUGUUUAAAAUAUUCUGAAAUGUAAAUGUGAUGUCUUUUUUUUUUUUAAUAAAAUCUGAAACUACAG